CGUCCAGGUGCGGAUGAGCUUUUGCGAGAGCCUCAGCUGUACAGCCAGGAGACCGUCGGCAGCCUUCGUGGGUCCCGCCAAUCGAUUGGGAGCGCCAUUUUCUUCGGGAGCUCGCAGCCCCGCGUCCCAUGCCUUGAGGUGCGUGUGGGAUCAUCUGGUGUGGCUGCAGGGAAGGGCACAUGUGCGGGUUACGGGCCUUCAGAACGAGGAACAGUCCGUCUCAAAAGACGUCUCUGCGUUGGGGCGAUAACUGUUUCACCGUGAAUCCCCGUCAUCCUCCAAUUGCCAUCCACUGAAGUGUGGACACUCUCUGUACAAAAGCCACCAAAAGAAUACGGACUCUUGAGCCACAGAAAACCCCCGUUUGAAAGAAAAAGUGAGGACUCUAAAGGCGCAGUGAGUGCGAGAUUGACAAGGGAAUUGAGUGAGUGAAAUGCAGAGAAUUGACCCUUGAGUCUCAAGAGAGGGUGUGAAAAAGUGUUGUUGAAUUUAUCUGUGAUGUGCUAAUAAGAAAAUCUCCCUGAGAUUCCUUCGAAUUAUCCUUGUUUUGGCUUUCAAGUGCAAAUUCACGGCCGUGUGACAUAAAUUGAAACAAUAAAACAUCUCGACCGAGUGGAAAUUCGCUAGAAAAUCUUUCGUUUGGCGUCACAGCAGAACUGCGAGCCGUUUUCCGUGAGAUUCACACGCUCAGGUGUCAAGCGAGGCCACGAUGAUUAAUAUCGCGGGCGUCGUGAGCAUUGUGCUGUUCUACCUCCUGAUCCUGGGAGUGGGCAUUUGGGCGGGACGCAAGAAGGAGGAGGGCAAUGACUCAGAGGAGGAAGUCAUGCUCGCGGGCAGAUCCAUUGGUCUCUUCGUGGGCAUCUUCACCAUGACAGCAACCUGGGUCGGCGGAGGAUACAUCAAUGGCACGGCAGAAGCCAUCUACACAUCGGGACUCGUUUGGUGCCAGGCACCCUUCGGAUAUGCUUUGAGUCUCGUGUUUGGCGGCAUUUUCUUCGCCAAUCCCAUGCGGAAGCAGGGCUACAUCACCAUGCUGGAUCCGCUGCAGGACAGCUUCGGGGAGCGCAUGGGAGGUUUGCUCUUCCUGCCGGCGCUCUGUGGUGAAGUCUUCUGGGCAGCGGGCAUCCUGGCCGCCUUGGGCGCCACUCUGUCCGUCAUCAUCGACAUGGAUCACCGCACAUCCGUGAUCCUGUCUGCCUGCAUCGCGGUCUUCUACACCCUGUUCGGCGGGCUGUACUCAGUGGCGUACACAGACGUGAUUCAGCUGUUCUGCAUCUUCGUCGGCCUCUGGAUGUGCAUCCCCUUCGCCUGGGCCAACGACCACGUGGCCAGUUUGUCGUCUAUGGAGGUGGAUUGGGUGGGAUCUGUGGACCCGAAGGAGCACUGGUACUACAUAGACUACGGGCUGCUGCUCAUCUUCGGCGGGAUCCCGUGGCAGGUGUACUUCCAACGUGUGUUGUCCAGCAAGACGGCUGGGAGGGCUCAGAUUCUGUCCUACGUGGCGGCCUUCGGCUGUAUCCUCAUGGCAAUCCCACCGGUUUUAAUUGGAGCUAUCGCCAAAGCCACAAAAUGGAACGAGACGGGCUACACUGGGCCCUAUCCGCUGACAACAGACGAGACCAGCAUGAUUCUGCCGAUGGUCCUGCAGUACUUGACCCCCGAUUUCGUCUCCUUCUUCGGCCUGGGCGCCGUCUCCGCCGCUGUGAUGUCCUCAGCGGACUCCUCAGUCCUGUCCGCCGCCUCGAUGUUCGCCCGGAACGUGUACAGGCUCAUAUUCAGACAGAGGGCUUCAGAAAUGGAGAUCAUCUGGGUGAUGCGAAUCUCAAUUUGUGUGGUUGGCGUUCUAGCGACUGUGAUGGCUUUGACAAUACCCUCAAUCUAUGGUUUAUGGUCAAUGUGUUCAGAUCUCGUCUAUUGCAUCCUAUUUCCUCAGCUCCUCAUGGUGGUUCAUUUCAAGCCCUUCUGCAACACUUACGGCAGUUUCUUCGCCUACAUCGUGGCCUUCCUGGUCAGAUUGUCUGGCGGAGAACCUCUACUCGGCCUCCCAGCCGCCAUUCACUAUCCCGGCUAUGAUCCAGUUGAGGAUCGCCAGCUCUUCCCCUUCCGCACGAUGGCCAUGAUCUUCAGUUUGUUCACCCUCGUGGGCGUUUCCUGGUACAGCAAGUGGGUCUUCGAGACGGGUCGCUUGGCGCCCAAGUAUGACUAUUUCAGGUGUGUCGUGAACAUUCCUGAGGACGUCCAGCGAGUGGGAGAACCUUCGGAAGCUGGAGAACAGCUCUCCGUGAUGGCCAGUGCCAUGGGCAGGAUGUACGGAGCUGCCACGAUGGUGGGUAAGGAUGAGAUGAACGGACGCGUGAAUCCCGCCAUGGAGCCUGACGACGAUUUGCCCAUUGCGGAGGUGGAGAGAAUCCGGGCGGCGGGCGGCGGUGGUCAGACUGGCAUGGAAGUUCCCGUGCCGCGGGCAGGACAAGCCAACACUGCCUUCUAAUAUCCACAGUAAGUCGCGACCAUUGAGGAGCUCUGAAGGUGUUUUUGAGGUAAUCUCAGUAUAAACUUAACCAGAAAAUGAAAUGAAUGAAACCAAAACAUAUCACUGUAAAGUCUAAUGAACGUUAUACAAUAAGCAAAAACUAUAUUUAUUGAAAACAACAAAUGAAAUGCAGGCAAAACAUGCUGUUAGUUGUUUAGAAAUUGGAUAAUGCAGAGAACACGAAGAUGCGUAUUAAAUUGUGUUGAACAUAAAUUACCUAUUAUAGAAUCUAUUUGAAGAAAAAAUGAAAACAUAUCAAUAUAUCUACCUAAUGAAAAUGAAAAAGUAUUAAUAUUUAGCAAAUUUGCAAAGGAAAAAGAAAAACUGUUUAUUUUGUCUAUAAAAGAAAGACGUUUGCAUUGUUGUACAAUUUAUUGUUAUGAAACAAAGUGGAUAAAGCACAAAGUAAUUAGUUCAAUUACUCUUUAAAUGCCUAAAGAAAAUUUUUCUUAGAUUUAGCUGUGCUAUUAAUUAACUAUGGGAGUUGGGAAGAUGGGUCAGAGAGAUGAAAUAUAUUUUCAGAAGUGUGGAAAAAGGAGUGGAAAAUAUCAUUGUUAGGCGGCAAAUUGCAUAAAGAGAGAUUUAUAAUGAUUGAGUUUUCCGGAUUGGGUGCUAUGAGAAAAAUGCAAGAGAUAAGCUGCAAGUAGAUUGUUGAGGAGAUUUAUUUAAUCACUAUAAUGAGUUGUUGUUUUUUUUCUGUAUUUAGAGAGGAACAUGAAUUGAGGCAAGAGUUUGAGGAUGGGAAAGGUGAGAAAUGGGAUGAAUAUAAUUGAAAUGAUACAGCUAAUCUACCAAAGAAAAGUAUAUAAAAUUAAAAAAAAAAACAUCGACUGUUUCAUAGAGAGAAA